UUGGUGUUAACCAAUCAGAUCCAACCACGACUUUGAGAAGGAUCUGGAAGCCGGUCGUUCUCUUUAGUAAAUCAGGAAAAAGACGAUGCACUUGUGAUUAAAUUAUCUUUAACUAAUUUAGGAAAAAAAUAACAUGAAGGUCAGUAAAGGCUAUUAUUGUGUAAUUGCACUAAUAUUAUUAUGUACAACGUUAGCCGACGAUAUAGAUGAUGAUGUAACUGUUGAAGAAAAGGACGAAGUAUCUGAAGAGAAAGCUUCUGCUGCUGAAGAAAUAUUAUACACAACUCCUAGGCCUAUUGGAAAUUAUUAUUUGGCAGAACAUUUUGAUGAUCGCGAAGAUUUCUCCAAAAGGUGGAUUAUUUCAGAAGCAAAAAAAGAUGGAAUAGAAGAAAAUAUUGCUAAAUAUAAUGGGAAGUGGGAAGUUGAAGAAACUGAAAAAAAUGGAUUGAAUGGUGAUUUAGGAUUGGUUUUAAAGUCAAAGGCCCAUCAUCAUGCCAUAUCAACUAGACUAGACAAACCAUUUUUGUUUGACAACAAACCAUUUGUACUUCAAUAUGAAGUCCACUUUCAGAAUGGACAAGAUUGUGGAGGUGCAUACAUAAAAGUUCUUUCUCAAACUUCUGACAUGAAUCUUAAGAAUUUUCAUGACAAGACUCCAUAUACUAUAAUGUUUGGUCCUGAUAAAUGUGGAACUGAACAGAAGUUACAUUUCAUUUUUAGACAUAGAAAUCCAAAGAAUGGCACAUAUCAAGAAAAACAUUGGAAAAGAGCUUCUUCUAUACCAAAGUUGGAAGAUUUAUUUAAAGACAAAAAACCUCAUUUAUUUACUUUGAUUAUUACACCUGACAAUCGUUUUGAAAUUCAGAUUGAUCAAAAAAGUAUACACAAGGGAAGUUUACUAGAAGAUGUUAGUCCUUCAGUUAAUCCACCUGCUGAAAUUGAUGAUCCAAAUGAUUCAAAACCUGAAGAUUGGGAUGAAAGAGAAAAGAUUCCAGAUCCCAAUGCCAAAAAGCCAGACAAUUGGGAUGAAGAUGCUCCAAGACAAAUCCCUGAUCCAAAUGCUCGUAAACCAGAAGGUUGGUUGGAUGACGAAGUGGAGCUUAUUCCUGAUCCAAAUGCUGAGAAGCCAAAAGACUGGGAUGAUGAAAUGGAUGGUGAAUGGGAACCACCAUUGAUAAGUAAUCCAAACUGUGAGCAGGCUGGAUGUGGAGAGUGGAAACCACCCAUGAUAGAUAAUCCAAAUUACAAGGGAAAAUGGAGAGCACCCCUUAUUGAUAAUCCAAAUUACAAGGGUAAAUGGAAACCAAGGAGGAUUGAAAAUCCAGAAUUCUUUGAAGAUAAACAUCCUUAUAGAAUGACACCUGUGGGAGCAGUCGGUUUUGAAUUGUGGUCAAUGACAGACAACAUUCUAUUUGAUAACAUCAUAAUCACAGAUGAUAUGUUUGUGUCGGAACAGUGGGCGGCAGAAACCUGGGUUUUGAAGAAAGAACUGGUAGACAGAGAGACGGAUGGUGUGUUUUUAAGAUUAGUCAAAUAUACCAACAAACAUCCCUGGUUGUGGGCAGUCUAUGUGAUAGUUAUAGGCUUGCCAAUAGUUCUCUUCAUUAGUUUCUGCUGUACGUCAUCCACUAGUCAGGAAAAGAAGGAAGAAGCAAUCCGGGCUAAGCGAAAGAAAACUGAUGAACCCACACCGGAUGACAUUCCGGCCAGUGAAGUCAAGAAGGAAGUCAGAGAAACAACUCCAAUUAGAAUUGAAGAAGUAAAAGAGACAGAAAUUAUUCCAGAAAGUAGCGAACAGGAAGAAAAGAGCAAGGAAUCUGAUGUGGAAGAAAAAGAAGAGGAACUACAGAAAGAAGAAAAUACUAAUGAUGUCAAGAAUGAAGUAGAGGAAGAGAAACUUGUCGAACUUGAAAGUGAAGAAGAAGAGGAGGAGGAAGAAGAAGAGGAGGAUGACGAUGAUAAGAAAGAUGAGGAAAAAGAAGAAAAAGAAGAAAAA